UUCUCUUCCUCCAUCCCCUAUCGAAACGAGCACCAGACGACCUUUGUGGAUCCUAAUCGUCCAGACCUUUUCUACCACCUCGUAGCACCGCCCACACCUCUAUCUUCUUCCCGUCCUGUGUUCGCUGUUUCUCUGCUCGAGGCUCCACCGCCGUCCUCAACUUCGAGUACGAUUCUCGGUUGGCUCCCAGCUGAGGCUGAAGGUGAAAGCGAGGGCGCGGGUUUGAAUGACUUCAAAGAGAAUUCUCAAUUUCGCACUUUGUUGCACGAGGCUAUUUCCACUGGUCUCGCUCAAGGUGUUGAUGACAUUCAGAUAAACGGUGCCAUGCAGACGCAGCGGGGCUGGAUGCACAUCAACGGUAGACCUUCAUCCUCUUUUCAUCCUUUCUUUUCACAUGAUCGAAACAUCCCCGCACUCGGCCGCAUUGGCGAUCCAGACGACAUUCUCGCGUCCAUUCGCGUCGAAGAUGGCAAGAUGCUUCCAGAGACCUAUGAGCCUAUGCCUUCAUACAGGCUUUGUACUGCUGAUGGUGUGACGAAGCUCAGCGACGGACUCGCUGCAAAAUUGCGUACGGUACUC